AUGUCACUCCAAGGGCGCGUCUCAUCAAGCGUGCACGUGGCUAGGAAGCGCGUCGAUGAUAUCGAUGAGACUGUCUUCAGCUCGUGGUCGAUAGAACAACAAACAGGAAGAAAGUGGAAUAUCCAACCUUUUGCGGUUCGUAUUAUUUAUACCGAUCUAUUCAGCUGGUACACACUCAAGGUUUCUUCGCCACUGGACAAGCAGGAGCUCACCGCUCGUUCUUUCCUCGUUCACAGAGCCUCGACGCUCACCAAAAUCUUCGUUUGGUUUCAACGACAGAAGCCUUUCAAAUCCAUCACAAUACCAUAUACCAUCAUUCAAGAUACCAGCAACCAAGUUCCCACUCCCAAUAAAUCACGAGCAGCUGCACGGAAAGAUGGUGUCGACCCCGCGACGCCCGGCCAAGCUGGUGACCGUCCCACCAACUGA